UUCCUGACGGAGCUCACCAGGCUCUUCCAGAAGUGCAGGACUUCCGGGAGUGUUUUCAUAACGCUGAAGAAAUAUGAUGGGCGAACAAAACCAGUCCCACGCAAAGGCCAUGUAGAAAGUUUUGAACCAGCAGACAAUAAGUGUCUUCUAAGGGCAACUGAUGGAAAGAAGAAAAUUAGCACAGUGGUGAGCUCAAAGGAAGUAAAUAAAUUCCAGAUGGCAUAUUCAAAUUUGCUGAGAGCUAACAUGGAUGGCUUGAAGAAAAAAGACAAGAAAAGCAAAACCAAGAAGAAUAAAGCAACACAGUGACAGAACAGUGUCCUACCAUCACUAUUAUAGACUUGACCCUUGCUCAAAGCGAAGUCCAUUUCUUUUUUUGAGUUACACUUUGGCUUUCCUUACAGCAGGAGACUGAGAUGUCAUCAGUACCUUUGUUUAAACUGAGAGCAGAGGUGCGUUCUUUGGAUUGUUGUACAGCAGGAGUAUUUACAGGGUUAUACUGACAUAGCUUUACACACAGCUGCCAAACGUUUUGCUCUUAGGCUGCUGCUGUUUGUUUUGUAUUAUACGAGUGGACAGUGUAAAACCUGUUUGGGGGGUAACACAGGCUGAAGAGAAAUGCACCAUACCAGAAACAAAAUAAGACUGGAGCAGGAGAUGCUCAGUUUUAUAGAUGAGCCUCAGUAAUACUAGGGAAAGCAGGUGCCAACAUAUUAUCAGGAACAGCUGCUUUCCUGUUUCUGUCUUAUUUUGAGGGACGUGUGUCCAUGGUGCAGUGC